CAGAACUACAUUUCCCAGAAUGCAAAUCAUAGUGUGAUGUCAUUGACCGGCGUCCGCUGCGACAUCGCUGCAUAUUUGCAAGAGCACAGACUACCAAUCAAAAGCUGCCUCAAUGGUGAUGAAGUCAUCGGUGGAGGAGGAGGAGGGAGGCUGGGGUCUUGGGAUCCCAGAGAAGAUGAGAAACAACGCCAACUGGGUGGACGUCACCAAGGAGUUCAAAGGAGCCUGUAAAGAGCUCAAACUUGGCGAGUUGCUACAUGACAAAUUGUUCGGUCUGUUCGAGGCCAUGUCAGCCAUUGAAAUGAUGGAUCCGAAGAUGGAUGCUGGGAUGAUCGGAAACCAAGUCAACCGUAAAGUCCUCAACUUUGAACAGGCCGUUAAGGAUGAGGCCAUACGAGUGAAGGAUCUGAGUAUUUCUGAGCUCAUCGGGAUCAUGGACACAUGCUUCUGCUGUCUGAUCACGUGGCUGGAGGGGCAUUCUCUGGCUCAGACUGUGUUUACGUGUCUCUACGUUCAUAAUCCGGAUCUGAUUCAAGACCCUGCUCUCAAAGCCUUCGCUCUGGGCGUCCUCAAGAUCUGCGACAUCGCCCGCGAGAAAGUCAACAAAGCUGCCGUGUUUGAGGAGGAAGAUUUUCAGGCCAUGACGUAUGGUUUUAAAAUGGCAAACAAUGUGACAGAUCUGAGAGUGACAGGAAUGCUGAAAGAUGUUGAGGACGAGCUUCAGAGGAAAGUGAAGAGUACACGCAGUCGACAGGGUGAACAACGAGAUCCUGAGGUUGAACUGGAUCAUCAGCAAUGCUUGGCUCUGUUCAGUCGUGUUAAAUUCACUCGCCUGCUGCUCAGUGCUCUCAUCUCCUUCACUAAAAAAGAGACGAGUGCUGUCAGUGAAGCACAGAAGCUGAUGACUCAGGCUGCAGAUUUACUGCCAGCGAUUCACUCCACCGUACAGUACGGCAUACAGUCCCAGAACGACACCACCAAAGGAGAUCACCCAAUCAUGAUGGGUUUCGAGCCACUGGUUAACCAGCGCCUGCUCCCGCCCACUUUCCCGCGAUAUGCCAAGAUCAUCAAAAGAGAAGAGAUGGUCAACUACUUCAGCAAACUCAUUGAGCGCAUUAAAACCGUCUGUGAGGUCAUCAACGUAACCAACCUGCACAGCAUCUUGGAUUUCUUCUGUGAAUUCAGUGAACAGUCUCCGUGUGUGCUGUCCAGGUCUCUGUUGCAGACAACAUUUCUGAUUGACAAUAAGAAGGUGUUUGGGACUCAUCUGAUGCAGGAUAUGAUUAAAGAUGCACUACGUUAUUUUGUCAGUCCACCCGUCCUUUCCCCAAAAUGCAGUCUGAACAAUAACCACCAGGCUAAAGACUACAUUGACUCGUUUGUCACACACUGCACACGGCCGUUCUGCAGCCUAAUCCAGAUCCACGGACACAACCGAGCACGCCAGAGAGACAAACUGGGUCACAUACUGGAGGAGUUCGCCACCCUUCAGGACGAGGCUGAAAAGGUGGACGCUGCUCUUCACGGUUUGCUGAUGAAGCUGGAGCCUCAGAGGCAGCAUUUGGCCUGUCUGGGCACCUGGAUCCUCUAUCACAACCUGCGCAUCAUGAUCCAGUACCUGCUCAGCGGCUUUGAGCUGGAGCUCUACAGCAUGCACGAGUAUUAUUACAUCUACUGGUAUCUGUCAGAGUUUCUGUAUGCAUGGCUCAUGUCCACGUUGAGUCGAGCGGACAGCUCUCAGAUGGCAGAGGAGAGAAUCCUGGAGGAGCAGCUGAAAGUACGAAGCAGCAAGAAGAGCAAGAAGAAGAAGAAAGCUCGUCCUCUGAAUAAAGAGAUCACCAUGAGCCAAGCUUAUCAGAACAUGUGUGCUGGCAUGUACAAGACUAUGAUAGCAUUGGAUAUGGACAGAAAGGUGCGCAAACCUCAGUUUGAGCUGGACAGCGAGCAGGUUCGCUACGAGCAUCGAUUCGCACCUUUCAACAGCGUCGUCACACCGCCGCCAGUGCACUACAUCCAGUUUAAGGAAAUGUCAGAUCUGAAGAAGUACAAUCCUCCUCCUCGCUCAGCCGAUCUCUAUAUGGCAGCCAGUAAACAUUUCCAGCAGGCCAAACUCAUACUUGAAAACGUCACCAGCCCCGAUGCAGAGGUGAACCGCAUCCUUAAAGUGGCCAAACCCAAUAUAGUUGUAAUGAAGCUGCUCGCUGGAGGACAUAAGAAGGAGACCAAGGCCCUUCCUGAAUUUGAUUUCUCUGCUCACAAAUACUUCCCCAUUGUCAAGAUCAUUUGAGAGCAACCAUGUUUUCAGGAUGAACUCGUCUCAGUGUCAUGAAGUGUUAACAGCCAUAAGUGUAAUUGUACAGUUGAACCCACAGAUACACUCACAGUGGUUUGAUUUGAACAGUUCAUGAAUCAUGUUCUUUUGUUUGAUUCUAAAAUAAAACAAAAACGCCA